CGCUGCGUGCGGCAGCCUCGCCUGGUUCGCAUAGGAGUCGUCUCCUAAUCGGGGUUUUGCGUUUUGCGCGUUUGUCUUCCCGCACGUUUUAAAGCCACUUUCGAUGUUUUUGCUCGGUGUGCUGACCAAUGAGAAGUCUGCUUUUAAAUAUCGGGUCUGCGCACGGCUGAAAUAUAGCUGAAUCCGAGUAUAACUGGGGCUUCCACAAGUACGCGGAGCUCCCCGUUGUAAUGAAAGUGGCUGCUGUGUCAGACCAAGUGUAAGAGUGCGUGUGAAAUUGUGCUGGGAAUAGAUGGUGCUGAUAUUGAAGUUACGUUGCUUUUGCCUGCUGUAAGUGCCUGUAAUCGCACCGCAACCACUAACAUCCCAGCCACAUCUGAUACUGGGAGCACUGCGUGCCCCAGAACUGACUGAAAUAGUGCGGUGUUGUUAAAUACUGCAAAACGGAACAGUGACUCAGGAGUCUUUUGUAUACGUUGUAUUUUGGCUGAACACGUGGCUGGCAUGUUUUUGAAGCAAGCUUAAAGCCUUUCUGAGAAUCUUUUACCAAAUGUAGAAUCACUUUAAUAAGCUGGUGUAGUUUUGCAGUAAUGUAAAGUCUGUAAGUAUGUGGGAAGUCACAUGCAGCUUUGAAUGUGAUUGCAUUCUUCUUGUGAUGGCUCUUCCUUCUGUGUUCUAGACUCUCUUAAGUAGUCCUAUAUGGGGAAGUAUUUCUUUCUCCAAGUAGAAGUGGCAUCCAGGUCUUUUAACUUCACAGUUUCUAAAACCUGUGCAGAACAUUUUUUUCUCUCCAAUUUAUCUUAUGUAUGAAGUUCUGAGUAGUGAAGUUGGAAGGAUUGAAGUAGGACUUCUGUAUUCCUUCGGUGUUGAGAACAUUCCUCAUGGGAUUGAUGCCCAUCUUCUGAGUUUUUAAUUAUGCCCCACAGACAUGUGGUAGCUGCUUUGCACAGGUAACUCCAGCUGAUGGCAAUUCCUCAUCUCAUAUUCCUGCUUUCCUCCCAGCUAUGCGUUUCUUACAAAAAUUGACUGUUUUUUUUUUCCUUCAAUGCGAUGUUCAGAUAUAAUCAGAUUUAAAGCAAAAUGUCUGAAAGGUGUUCUUGUAAGUUACUCUUUAGCUUACUCUAAACCUUCGCGAUGGGAAAUGUACAAGCUGUGUAAAGAAUGACAUUUUCACUUUUGCCUCUUAGGAUAUUGGUUACAUACUCACCUGUGGAGUAGAUGCACAAAAAUGUAAUUACGUGCAGGUUGAGGAAAUGUUUUAGUUUCUAAAACAGUGAUUGAGCUGAUCAUACCCAUACUGAUGUUUCCUUGCAUAGAUUUCAUUAUUCUGAUAGUUUAGAAAACAGAUACCUAAGGUAGCUCUGGUGCUUUCCAUUCUACCAUAUUAUCUUGACUGCUUUGCCUUUUCGGGGGGCUAGAUUGUUUGCUUUGUUUGCAAGCUUAUCCAUUCAAACUACUUUUUUCUUUCUUCCAUUCUUUGUCUCUGUCUUGGACAGACUUUUCAAAAGACUUGAGUUUAUGGGAGGAAGAAGGGGAUCCCAAAGAAAUCCUAACUGCACAGACAGUCUGUUUCAUUACAGAAAUUGGGAGGUUUUUAUUCCUUCUCCUUUUCAUUUUUUGAGAAAUUUUGGAUCUCUGAGACCUCUUUCUGAGAAGAGUGAAGCAGCUUUUUCCUUUGUAUGAGAAAUGUGCCACCCUCUCUUCUGAAAUCUUUGCACAUUUUGCUAAAUGCUUUUUCUUCAGUAGAUGUCCUGAAGUGUUAAACCAGUGUCAGAACAAAGAGGACUUUGAUGCAUCAAGCAAAGCAACUUGCUGUCAUGGCAGGGCAUUAAAUGAAAAUGAUUUGUAAGGGUGUUGUAACCCAUAUCUGUAAGAAGUGAGCUAUAUAUGCACUGAUAGCCUUGAUUUGUUAUGUGCUAAUUGUGCUUGAUUUUACUUGGUACUGUUUGUCUUUAAACUUUUCAAGAGGAGAACUGUUAAAAAAAACAAACAAACAACCUUGAGAGACGUUAAAACCUUCUUAUGAGAGAGAAUUUAUUUAAAGGACUUUAACUGAUUUUUAUUUUUUUUUCCAGAAUGGUGAAUACAUGCAGAUGAUUAUCAGAAUCGUGUAUCAGAAUUUGCUUUUUAUUUGAGAACUUAUAAAACUGCUCAUCAUGGAGAAACAGCAGAUUGUGCUGGCUAACCGGGACGGUGGGACAGUGUCUAGUACAGCACCUGCCUUUUUUGUUAUCUUGAAACAACAGCAGGGAAAUGGCAAAGCUGACCAAGGAAUCCUAGUGGCCAACCGUGAUGCUUGCGCUCUGGCCAGUGGUGUAUUAAUGCCAGUAAAACCCAAAAUCAAGACCUGCCUCCCAGCUGACUGCGUCUCAGGGGGCAUCACUGUCACCCUAGACAACAACAGUAUGUGGAAUGAGUUCUACCAUCGCAACACGGAGAUGAUUCUGACGAAGCAGGGGAGGCGCAUGUUCCCAUACUGCCGAUACUGGAUUACAGGUCUGGAUGCCAGCCAGAAGUACAUCCUGGUCAUGGACAUCUCCCCAGUGGACAAUCACCGAUACAAAUGGAAUGGCCGCUGGUGGGAGCCCAGUGGGAAGGCAGAGCCCCACGUUCUUGGACGAGUGUUUAUUCAUCCGGAGUCGCCUUCCACUGGCCAGUACUGGAUGCACCAGCCGGUAUCUUUCUACAAACUCAAGCUUACCAACAAUACCCUGGACCAGGAGGGUCAUAUAAUCUUACAUUCUAUGCACCGCUAUCUGCCACGGCUUCACUUGGUUCCUGCAGACAAAGCCACGGAAGUCAUUCAGCUCAAUGGCCCAGAUGUCCAUACGUUUACCUUUCCACAGACAGAGUUCUUUGCCGUUACAGCCUACCAGAAUAUUCAGAUUACCCAGCUGAAAAUAGAUUACAAUCCUUUUGCUAAGGGAUUCAGAGAUGAUGGCUUGAAUAGUCGGCCUCAGCGUGAUAUGAAACAAAACAAUAGCUUUGAACUGGAAGAAGGUAAUGUUUUUAGCUCUGCCAGCAUUCAUAGUUGCCCUGCUGAAGUUGACGUGUUAGAAUUACAUCGGAGAAUAGAUUCUUCAUUCAUUGGUCAGAACUCAUCAGCCAUGAACCUGGAGAAAGAAUCCUUUAAUACAGAACAAGACUUUGUAGGUUUCCUGGACACUGGCCUACCUUCCGGUGAUAUGCUAAAGCUAAAACAAGAAGUCACUGAGAGUCCCAUUGCUAGCAGUUAUGAGAGCAGCUCCCGAGUGGCAUCCCCAUUGGACCCCAAUGGACAGUUCAAUGUAGUCAUUAAAGAGGAACCCAUCGAUGAUUAUGACUAUGAGACAAAUAUUUGCACACAAGGAGUAAGUGUGAAGCAGGAAGACACGGAUGAAGAAACUGAUGAGUAUUCUAACACUGAUGAUGAUGAUCCUGUCCUACAAAAAUGCCUGAGGAGAUACAGUGAAGCAGAUAGAAAUGAUGGAGACUUCAAGCCUAGGAAACGUGUGCUAUCCAGUCCUUCAGGUGUUGCCAAGGCAAAAAUGUUAAAAUUGGAAAGUGGGAAGAUGCCUGUGGUCUAUUUGGAACCUUGUGCGGUUACAAAGAGUACAGUGAAGAUAUCUGAGCUACCGCAGACCAUGCUGUCCUCUUGCAAGAAAGACAAAUCUGCAUUGACUACAGUACUGGAUUCUUUGCCUGUCUGUUUUGAAAAUCACAAGGGUUCUUACUCAGACACAGCUGCUAUAACUGAGGAGAUACCUAUGAAAAAAAUGUCUCCUGGCAAUAAACUGGCACAGAAAUAUUCCUCAAUCAAAGAGGCCCAGUGGAUUCUAUCUAAAUCACCUAAUUUUAAUCUUAGGAGCUCUGUAGGUUGUCAGGUUUCAGACAAAGAGAUUAGUGGAAGAAAAAAAACUGGAGUACUGAAGAAUUCUGCAUCCCUGAAAGGCUCUGGUAGCAGUCAAAACUCACUGUCAUCAGGUACCACCAAAAGGGGAAGGCCACGGAAACUGAAAAUCUCCAAAGCUGGUCGGCCACCUAAAGGUAUAGGGAAACCUGUGAUAACAAGCAAGAACAGCCCUAUGGGGCCUGCGAGUGUCCUUCCAGAUGUUAAGCCAGACCUUGAAGAUGUUGAUGGAGUCCUCUUUGUGUCCUUUGCAUCAAAGGAAGCUCUUGACAUUCACACUGUUGAUAGAGCUGGAGGAGAAGAAUCACAGAAUCUUCAGGCUCCCUUGUUGACUACGAAUGAUCCAGAUUGUCAGGCAAGAAUACAAGUACUGGAAAAGGAGUUGAUGGAAGAGCUGAAAACAUUGAGGCAUAAGCAAGUAAUACAUCCUAGUCUUCAGGAAGUUGAGAAGCGUAAGUAUCUCUUGAUAUUCAUGGAUACCUGA